GUGUCCACGGCCACCGCUCCUGCGCCCCUGCCGGCGCGGCUGGCCGUUUCCUGUGCCUGGCUGCACAUUUUUUUGUUUUCAGACUUCUCCUUUAAUGCAUGGAAUUCGUCAAAUCAUCUACAAAAAGAUCUACAUGUAUGUCUAAUAUUGCAUAGAAAAUGAAUACCAAGGAGAAGAAGGUGCUUCGUUUCCUUGAUGAUAACUCCAUUAUAUCAGUGGAGGAUAAGAGCUCAAUUCCUUUUGAUGAGAUUACUUUGAGAUCUUCCAUAGGGUCUCCCAUUGCAGCUUCAUCUGUUGCACGACCAUUUCUGCCCCUUCCACACAGAGAUGGACAGGAUCUAGAGGAUUCACAUGCACAGCUAUUCCGUCAGCUAUCCAACACUAUGAAAGGAGCUGCCGCUUCACAAGAGAAUGGGGAUGCAGUGCCUGAUUCUGCUAGGUCAAGGGUCAGCUUUGCCCCUUCAGAUAUGACUGAUACAUCAUUGGGUAUCCUCAAUCUUGAUGACCUUGCUUCCGGUCUUGAGGAGUUAGACGAUGACUUUAUGGACCUCUCACAGGAUCUCCAGUCCCCUCGCUCUGGUACGGGAGACGGGGAAGAGAUGGCAACCCCGCAGCCUGCCUUUCCACCGUCGUCUCACCCCAGGGAUGGUAACAUGAGUGGUAUGAUGGUGGGUACUUCACAGCCCCCCUUCCCAUCGUCUGACCCCGGUAACAGGUCUACUAUGAUGGUUUCGCAGAUGAGUGCGCCCUCUAUCAUGUUCUAUGAUAGCCAAGAGGACCAGGAGGAUGACGAUAAAGGCAUUGCCAGUGAUUUCUCAGACGGACAACCGACUCCAGUACCUGCCCAUGCUAUGAGAUCAAGAACGCAGGGGAGUGAAGGUGGAAGAAGCAGUGAGAUUGACACCGAAGAUGAGAUUAAUGCUGUAAGACAGGAAAAUGCCCAAACGAGGUUGUAUGCACCCGAUCCUUCUGAUCGGCUAGGAGUAGGAGAGAGCAGAGAUGACGAUGAUGAUGAGAGGAAUCAACGAUUCAAUGGUUCAAGAGAUAUGUUGUUAGACAAUCAGGUUUCCAGACUUCAGCUGGAUGGUGGAAGCUCGGAAGAUGACAAUCAGAGGAUUCCAAUUACAGAACCGAGGCAAUCUGCUGAAGGGGAGGUGGUUAUCUUAGAUCCUGGAGACGGUGGUGGAGGGGGUGAUGGUAUGAGUGAUGGAGAGACCACAAGCUCUGGACUACCCGAUGCACCGGUCACCUUUGGUCAGUCUACCCUCAUGGCAUUCCAAGGACAAGGAGCGAAUAGAAGCAGUAGAGACUGGACAAUGACCAGUGGGAUUGGGGCUGUAGAUCCUCCUGCUGUGGUUCGACGGUUUCCUGAUGCUGAUGAAGAUGCCGAUGAUGAGGAUGAUGAUGACGAUAAUGGUGCCCCACACAUGGAAAUCUUUUCAGGUCAGUCAAGAAUACAGCCGAUUGGAGAGACAGACAUCUGGCAGAAAGGAGCAGGAUCAAUGAACUUUAGUAGCAAGGCAUCCUUCCCGCGGGAUAGUUCAACAAACUUUGAUAAGAGAUUCAAUGAGGAUUUUAGUGGAGCUUCAAACAUGAAUGGAGUUGGAGCUUCCAUGUUUGGAGAUGGCGUUCAGAAUCCCUUUGAUAGUGGUCCACUUCCAGACCAGAAUGGUCUUCCAAUGACAGAUUUGGGAUUUGGUAGUGGAGAGGAAUUUAUUGCUGAAGAUGAUGCCAUGGCUAUGAUAGACAAGGAUCAAGAAGAAUGUGAAAGAGAGAACAUUUUUAGACAGGAUGAGACCAUGUCACAUGACCUGGGAGACGAUGUGCAAUCAGGAUGGGAGCUACCAAACGGUGGUCACAUGACACUGCGCCAGUCCAUUUCCCAGUCGGCUGCUGUGGCGUGGGAUGAUGAGAAGUCCUACAACCAUUCUGCCGAGAUGCUGUUUGCAAUGAGAUCGGAAGCACUCGGUUCUCUUUCUGGGAAUGGUGGUGGGGACAAGCCUCACUUUGGAGAUGGCACCAUCAUCUCACCUCCACCUGUCCCUGCCUAUCCCCUGAUCAAUAGAUCAAUGAUUCUCAGUCACCAUGAUGAGGAGGACAUCUUUCCAGCAUCUCAAAGAGAAGCAGGAGUUGGACAAAAUACCCUUGAUGCGUCCAGAUCUUCUCAGAGCCUGCACACACCUUAUGUAGCAGGAGAAUCAUCUAAUGGAACUGGUGGACACAGAUUUGGUCAAGAAAUAAGGCAGGAGGAAAAACCGGGCAACAGGUCCGGAGUGUACGUUCCAACCAAGACCUUGUCAUUUCCAUUUGGCCAGAAGAAGACUGAGAAGAUGGAGAAAGUAGAUGAGAGUGUUUCUGAAUCUCUGGUCGAUGAUCUCCCUGAAGGAUACCAGACACCCCCAAUGGACCUGAGCAUGCUGACUGCCGCCAUUGCUCAGCACAGUGCAACAGAUUCACAGCAACUUGCUAAGCUCAUCCUUUCUGCUUCCAACAAGAUGCAUGCUUUUAAAGAAAAAGCACAAAGGAAAGCAACCAAAGAGGAUGGAGUCAAGACAAGGCUUUCUAAGACUAGAAAAGUUGAUUCUUUGGGUCCCAGACUUGGAGAAACAAAAACGAAUGAACAACCCGAUACAACCAGUCAAUCGAGAGAAACUGCCGGUAAUAAAGCCUACAGGGAGAAUGAUGAGCAUUUGAACCCUUCAAGUAUGAAUAUUAGACCAAAGUUAUCGGGAUAUAUAGAUUUGAGUGAGCGAAUGUCUUUGGAUGGUUCAGGUGGAUCCGGAGAACAGAGCAGAAGUUCUAUUUCAUCUCGAGGGUCAAAGGAAAUAGAUGAACAUCAAUCGAUGGACAGAAAUAGAGAUUCUUAUGAAAAGUGCAAUAGAUCAUUAUCUAAGGAGGAAUUGAGAGAAAGUCAUCUAGGUGAUGAUUACUUUGCUGAAAUAACCAGAGAGAGACUACCAAUCAGAGGGAUGGAUAUAUCUGAUACAAUUGACUUCCAGGAUUUAGAGAAUGGCGAUGAUGAACUCAUGAAAAGUCAGAGCCGCAUGAGUGUUACAAGUUCCCAAGAUAAACUCACCGACUUGGAAAGCCAAAGAAAUGUGGGAAUGGUUGAGGACUCUCAGAAAAUUCACAAGAAAGCAAUCUCGGAUGAGAAUGUGAGACAACUUGAUAGAUCAUCAAGAAGUGGAGAGCUAUUGAAACUAAGUCAUGAUUUUGCAAGUAUUAGGAAUGCUGACAUUUAUCCUAAAGUAGAAGACUGUGGCCAGGGUAUUAACAGACUGCAGCAAAAACAUAAGCUGUCAGCUGCUCCUGAUAGAAAAAACCUUCCACUCAACGAAAACAUAGCUCCAUUAAAGUCGCAAAGUAUUCCGGUUGUAUCAAAGAAUAGGAGAUCAAGAGACAAUGUAGAAAGUUCGAAGUCACAUACUCAACUUGUUCCCCAAGUUGCUUUUCCUCAAAAUGAUUUCAGCAAAGAGAAGAUAUCUAGGGACUUUGUGUACAGUCCCCCCAGAAGGAAAGAUAGUGGACAAGGUCAAAUGGUUGAACCAAGAAGCCAUUCUAUUCCUGAUGGAGAAUCUACAGAAGUAGAACCUAUUGUAGCAAGGACACCAGCAGCCACUGGACAAAAUCUUGAAGAUCAAAUGCAAAUGUUGUCUGUAAGUCAACAAAAGUCAAAGAGUACUUCACCAAGAGAGCUUGAAAAGAAGACUUCACCAAAGGGUGUACCGGUAAGUGAUGAAAGUAAUCAUUCGAUUCAGAGAAGUUCAAUUUAUGGCUCAUCCUGCAGACCAAAAGAAUCUUUAAGACAGAGAAGGAAAAUUGAUGGUGCUUCCUCUGGAAAAAUUGUUCCUUCCAAGACAUCCUCAAGGGAUGAUGAAGUUUUCAAGAGACCCGAUGUUCCUGUAGUUCCACAAGGCAGUAGAAGUGUAUCUGCCAGCAUUCACGAAACACUGAUCAACAAGGGUCUCCGACUUCCUGAAGGGUUUGUGGAUAUGGAAGACGGAAGGGAAGUGAACGUUUCCCGCUUUUCUAUUGACAGCCAGGCUGAUAUCAUUUGUGGAAAGCAUAGAAUUGUACAAACGCCACGUGAAAGAAGAACAAAUAAUGCUCCAAGUCGUCAGAGGAUGGAAGGUGUUCCUCCUGGAGAAGGGAAGGAUGUUGAUGCUGAGGUUGAUUCUGGAUUCAGUAGUGAACAACCUCAUAGAUUACCAAAUCUUGGAAAUGCACCUCAACUCACUGUAUCAAAUGUUGCUCAUGUGCAAGAAAUGUGGAAGGGGUCACAGGAAUUACCUGUCACUUUUGAUGAUAUUGAAGGAAGUCAUAACUUCUCAGCAAUAAAAACUGAAAUUUCUCCAGUUGCUUCUCCAAUGCAAUCACCUCGGCAAUCCCCAGUUGGACCAUCAAAACAAAACACAUCAGCAGAAUCAGAUGCUGAAAAGACUCUCCUUGUCCAUUCUACCAAUAGAACAUUAGUGGCGGAAACCCCUGAGUUGAUCAGCCCAAGAAGUAGUGGAUCUUCACGUAGUCAUAGCAUUGCUAGCAGUAUGAACAGGAGUGCAUCCUCAGGCAGUGACCGUUCCUGUUCAACUCCAAAGCGCAUUUCAAAACAAGAAAGUGACGAUACUAAGAAGGGUCUUGAAAACCCUCCAAACUAUGCUGGUACCCGUCAUCUUGCCCCUCCUCCCUAUCACCAGCCAUACACUAGCACAGCUUCUUCUGCUCCAUCAAUACCUGACCCAACUAGGAGGCCUGUCUUACCAUCUUACUUAGAGCAACCAACAUUCUAUACCAAUCAAGCACUUUCAGAGACAAAUUUCCUCCAGCACUAUGUAAACGACAGACCAGUAUCCAAACUGUCUUCAACAGAUAUCUCAAGCCUUCAUGAAACAUUGCAACAACCACGUUCAGCUAGUCACCUGGGAAUACCUAUGGGGACCCAACAGGCAGGACUGUACCCUUUACCAGCUACACACCUGCCAUUGAAUCUCUAUGGAGCCCCUCAUGGUUUGGUUGUAACAGGUUCUGGUGCCACAUCCAUGUACUCGGCUCCUUACACAGCAAGACUUGGGGGACAUCAGCAGCAGAGACGUGUUCGUUCCCGGUCUGUUGAGCCACAUUCCAUCAAUCCAUCACCAUGGCCUGGAUACCAUAUGCUAGAUACCCAAAACAGUGGUGCAGCAGGACUUCUUGAAACUGCUGUUCAUUCUGGACCGACGGUUCCUGUGCCUUCCUUAGGUCAUCCCAGCGGUCCCCCGGCUUCCAUAGUGUCUAAUCUGAUCGUUCCCUUUGAGCAUCGUUUCCGAGAUGUUGCUUGUAUUGGGAUUGCUGCCCAGGAUUCUAUUGAGCUCCAGAAUCCUUCAUCUCGAUGGCUUCAGUGUUUCCUGGAGGUGGUCUCUCUGUCUAUCAAUGGAGAAGAGGUGGACCAUCCCUCUCGCGUCUUCUUCAUGAAGCCUCGUAUCAUCAUCGGACCAAACACCACAGAGAAACACAAGAUCACAUUUGCACCCCGUCAGCCAGGGAUUCAUGAAGCCAAGAUACAGGUUGGAUCAAGUCCCGUGGUAGCCGAUAGCGAGGCUGGUCUUCUGAGAGUCACAGCUCCACCCAUCAUGACGUUGAGAGCUGUUGCAGAACUGCCUGAAAUAGAGGUGGAAGGUGCAGUCAAGGGAACAGUUGAUCUAGGAGAAAUUGUGUUUGGUAUGGAGAGAUCUAAGACUGUUCAUUUGAUCAACAGAGGGCGCUCUUCACUUCCAGUCAGACUCUUCUUUGUUAACAAGAUGGUUGCCAUGUGGUAUACAGCAACAAUCACUGCUGAGAAUGGACAAGAUCUGUGCACCUCUGCUGCUCCAGCUAGACCCCUACAUCUCACGUUACCAGGUCAUUCUACUACAACCAUCGACGGUGAAGUAAUGCAGCCACCAUCAAGUAUUACAGUCAAGCUAACAACUCAACGGAGUGAACCUCAUCUCAAAGCAGCUUCUCAUGGACCUCCUGAGAACAUUCAUCUUUGUCUCAAGGUUGAACUUGAUGUACCGGAACGAACCGUUUCAUUGGCUGAAGUUGACCUUUGUGCCAGAGUGGGUGUGGCCAAGCUCCAUCUUCCAGACUCUCUUGCCCAAGGUGCCUUCCUAUUCAAGUCAACAGUAGGUCAGACAUCCAGUAGAAACCUGCUUUUUAAGAAUGCAGGCAACAUCCGUCUUGAUAUGAGGCUGAGGAUACCAAGAGGUAUCGAUUCAUUUGAGGUGAUCCCAGAUACGUUAGUCAUAGAGCCGAGUCAGCAGAGGGAUAUCCUCGUCAGAUUCACACCCAAAGAACAGAUGGCUGUCAUUGAUGUGCCUCUGUUUAUACAAGGGAAACCCGAUGGACCAAACUACGAGGUCCAAUUACGUGGUGAGAUAGAGACUUCUCAACAGAGAGUCAAACGCAAACCACAGACUGCUCAGGUCCUAUGCAACAAGAAAUGUCUAGCAUUCGGAGGAAUCCCUCUCGGAAAAUCUCUGAUGAAGAGUGCAACCCUUCGCAAUCCCACCAAUGAGAUAGUGUCCUUGAAACUCACCAUACAGGAUAGUGAAGAUUUCCAGUUGCAAAGCUCACAUGGGAAUCUGAAGAAGUUGUCCAGCUCUUAUCAGGUUGUGAUUAAACCCAAGCAGAACCUUCCUGUCGAUGUUGUCUUCAAUCCAUCCCAGCUCUCGUCAUGCAAAGGAUCUCUCGACGUAAAACCCAUCCAUGGCUCUACAAAAUACCUGGUACCCCUCAGUGGCUAUGGCGGUGUGAGCAAUCUCGUACUGGAGGAUGCUAAUCUCAGGGGAGACACAUACUUACACGACUUUGGACCUUUGACCCCGGGCCAACAUACCGUACUCACAUUCAAAGUACGCAACACAGGGCUCAGAGCUGCCUUUGUGAAAGCACUGUGCUUUAAAGACUCGCGAGCAAAGCUGAAACUCCCAAGCAGUCAUCUGAAUGUCGAACCAAGCGAGUUUGUGAUCUCACCUAAGAUGAGCAAGACAUUGACUGUAAUCUUCAGUCCGAAGGAAGAUGACAUCCAAGAUGCCUUACAGACCCAAGAGGUGGCAGCAGUGGGAUUGUUUUAUGGUGAUGAAGUCCUUAGAAAGCUUCUUCAAAGGCUGAAACCAAGUGAAAUGACAUCGUGUCAGGCAGGACUAUCUCCUGAUAAUCCAUUGAGAGGAGUUUCAUUUGAUGUUAGGUUUCUUGGAGAAGAACACUGCAAAGAGAAGUUUGACUUGGAGCCUGGAUCCAACAUCUGGUCACUCUUCUACAUGAACAUGUCUAGAGUGUUACUCAGCUUGACCGGUAGAUUGGGGAGAAAGGAGAGGUCACCUCGUAAAGACCGAUCACCGCAUAAAGACCGAUCCCCUACUCACGCUGUGAGCAGUGUGGCUCCUCUCCCUGCUCAAGCUCAGGCUGCUGUGAAAGUGAAGAAGGAGCAAACACCCCAUGGCAUUGUUUUAGGGCAAGAUAGGUUGACCUUUGACCUUACAUCACAAGGCCAAGCAAAGAGGUUGACACUCAUGUGCAAGAACACAGGCAGAGAAGCUCAGUCGGUUGAAUUCUUGAACCCCGAGCCUCCAUUCUAUAUUCAACAUCACACCCACACCAUUAGAGCUAAGCACUAUGUCAAGGUUCCCAUCUCGUAUAAGCCAAAGUCACCAGGGAAACAUCAGAGCUUCAUGGUAAUACAUACACAGACGAGACAUAGUCUGGUCGCUGAGCUUAACGGAGAGUGUCGCUGAGUUUCAUGGUUAUACACAUGCUGAAGAGACAUAGUGUGGUAGCUGAGCUUAACAGAGAGUGUCAAUAAGUUUUAUGUUUAUACACACGCUGAAGAGACAUAGUCUGGUAUCUAAGCUUAAUGGAGAGUGUCACUGAGUUUCAUGGUUAUACAUACACAGACGAGACAUAGUCUGGUCGCUGAGCUUAAUGAAGAAUAUACCACAGAGUUGAUGGAGGUGCUUUCAUUCAUGGAAGGCUGUGUGAUCAACCUAAAUGAUCUCAAUGUAUGAUCUACCCAAAUAACAUAAUAUAGAUGUUUUUGGGAGUUUGGUGAAAAUUUAGUGAUUGACAUAGUAUACAAAGAUAUCAGGCUUUGAGAAAGUAUAGUGGGAAUCAUUGAUCUGACAUUGCCCUGGCAAUUAAUAUUUUUCCAGAGGGUUGAACUUGAAGCCUUGUCCAGAGGAUAUUA